AUGGAAAGGAACGGUCUCCUACCAUAUGUGAUCUUCGCUUUUACUCUAAUAAUUGUCUGUGACGGGUUAUUGGCUGGUAGGAGAGAGUCUCUUUCCUUGGGCGACUCACUUAUUGGGAAUCAGACAUUAAUUUCAAAGAACGGGACGUUUCAAUUGGGAUUUUUCAGCCCAAAUGGAAGCAAUAACUGGUAUAUUGGCAUCUGGUUCGCCAACACAUCAGAGGAGAUCAUUGUUUGGGUAGCUAAUAGGGAGAGUCCGGCGAAAAACACGCCUGGCGUUCUGAAGUUGUCAAAAGAAGGUAACCUGGGACUGUUCGAUGCAGAGGGCACGUCUCUUUGGUCGGUCAGCAUACCGAACAAGUGCUCUCGGGCUGUGCUAUUGGAUUCUGGUAACUUUUUAAUGCUGAGUAAUGACAAUAAAUCUGAGAUUGUUUGGCAGAGUUUUGACUAUCCUGUGGAUACCUUGUUGCCUGGGAUGAGGUUCGGGGGAAGGCAAAAGCUAGUCGGUUGGAAAAGCUCAUUGGAUCCUGCUCCCGGGUUUUUCUCCCUUCAGUUGGAUCUAUCAGGAGCUAUACAAGCUCUGCUCACAUGGAAUGAUUCUGUGCAGUAUUGGAAGAGUGGAACUUGGGACGGCCACAUAUUCAAUGGAGUUCCAGAAAUGAUUAACGGAGACUACUACAUUCUCACCAUUGAAAAUACAAGCUCUGGUUUGUAUUUCAGUUAUAAAUUGCUAAAAGGGAUCUCGCGUUUUCUCCAAAUUAAGUCUGGAGAAAUACAAGAAUAUGCUUUGUUUGAUGGCACUAAAUGGACCAUGGUGUCCACUCGCCCGAGAGAUCAAUGCGAUGUAUAUGGUUUUUGUGGCGCUUAUGGAACCUGCAACUCUAACAACAUUCAGUUCUGCAGCUGUGUCGAAGGCUUCACCCCGGCAGACAAUCGCGCUUGGAAUUCGCGAGACUGGUGGUCAAGUGGCUGUGUUCGGCAGAGCCCAUUAAACUGCGAUAACAAGAAAGGCAGCACUGACGAAUUUAUCGAUCCUGGUGUAACGUUGCCUGAUGAGUCAGCUUCGUCGUACCCUGCACCCACAAAGGAAGAUUGCCAGAAAGCCUGCCUCCGCAACUGCUCGUGCACUGCCUUUGCUUUCAAUUCUCCUUCAGGACCCUGUCAAAUUUGGUUCGGAGAUUUACUGAACAUGCGUAAUUCUCUAUCCAAUAGCGGAUCGACUGUCUCCAUUCGAGUAGCUGCCUCUGCACUUCCAAAGUUUCAUAAACCACCGUCCUCUUCCAAACUGAAAACCAUAAUUGUUGUGAGUGCUGUCGCUCUCGCUGUUGCUUUGAGUAUCUUUUUCUUUUUAAUGUGGCAAAGGUGUCGGCUACCACCACCAAUGGAGACGUGCGAGGAUUCGUCGGACUCUGCUCUUAGAAUGUUUAGUUAUAAGGAGUUGAAGAUUGCAACGAGGAAUUUCGGAUCUAAAUUAGGGAGUGGAGGAUUCGGCUCAGUGUUCAGAGGAUGUCUAAUAGAUGGUACACUUGUGGCCGUAAAGAAAUUGGAGGGUUCAUUAAGACAACAUGAGAAGCAAUUCCGAGCGGAAAUCAGUUCUCUUGGCAACAUACAACAUGCCAAUCUGAUCAGACUUCGAGGGUUUUGUGCAGAAGGAACCAGACAGUUACUGGUCUAUGAUUACAUGCCCAAUGGCUCUCUAAACUCCCUACUGUUCAGCAGUGAUUCAGAAAGUAAAGGGAAGGUACUCGACUGGAAGACCCGAUUCCAGAUCGCUUUAGGCACCGCACGAGGUUUAGUUUAUCUCCACGAGGAGUGUAGAGAUCGCAUCAUUCAUGGUGAUGUAAAGCCCGAGAACAUUCUUUUGGAUGGUAAUUUUUCACCAAAGUUAGCAGAUUUUGGGUUGGCGAAGGUUGUGGGUAGAGAUUUCAGCCGUGUACUGACCACAACCAGAGGAACGAUAGGGUACUUGGCUCCAGAGUGGAUCUCCGGUAUUCCCAUCACUCCAAAGGUUGAUGUUUACAGUUUUGGUAUGACGCUCUUGGAAAUAAUUUCUGGCCGAAGAAGUCUAGAUUUCAAUGUGCAAGAUUGA